GGCGUUGCAAGGGAACUUCAAAGAAGGCUAUCUGGCCAGUGCGGGCGAUGAAGCGGUGAAGAUUUGGGAUGCGAACGAAUGGACGUGUUUGUUCACCACCCCUGGGCAUGCUGGCGGCCUGAUGUGCAUGUCUGUGGACUGGUCGGGGAGCAAAAUUCUCGGCGGCUGUGGUAGUACCUCCAACUUACAGCUCUGGAAUUGCGCUGCUGACAGUUUCUCCCGAAGGGCCAACGAUGGCGAUAAGCCGAAGGCCGAAAAGGUCGCUGCUGUGAAGUUCCACGGUCAUCAGGAUGUUGUGCCAGAUUUAGCCGUGGACUGGGGGAGGAGCAUUGCGGUGACUGGGGGAUGGGAUGCCAGUCUCAUCGUAUGGAAUCUGAAAACUGGAAUGCCAACGCACACCCACGAGUGCAAGUUCGGUCGUGUGAGAUCACUGGCCGUGGACUUUGCCAAUUCUGUGGUGUGGUGUGGCUCAAGCAAUGGGUAUCUCCACCAGAUGGACUUGCGGAGCGGCCUGAUCCAGAAGACCCUGGAAGGUCAUGGUGGAGCCGUUACUGCUGUGAUCGCCUACGUGGACAGCUGAGAUCAGCUGAGAUCGGUGAUGUUUGGCCGGUGUUUGGGGGUAC